UUUAGCGAUAAGUGACACUCUGGGAGGGGAAGCAGAACAAACUGUAAGCUGCUGUCGGAUCCAUCUUGCUCGAAAAAGAGGCGAGGGUGAAGGCUUUUUUCCCAGUUUAGUAUCUCAAAGACUGUAUCGUCCCCCGUUAACCGCGCUGGGGAGCCCGAGGAGGGGCUGCGCCGCUGUUUGUAGGAUGUCCCGACAUGAGGGUGUGAGCUGCGAUGCAUGUUUGAAAGGGAACUUUAGAGGAAGACGGUUCAAGUGUUUAAUUUGCUACGACUACGACCUGUGUGCAUCGUGCUACGAGAGUGGAGCUACAACAACAAGACACACCACAGAGCACCCCAUGCAGUGUAUAUUAACCAGGGUAGACUAUGACCUGUAUUAUGGAGGAGACACGUUUUCAGUAGAGCAACCCCAGUCAUUCACAUGUCCUUACUGUGGCAAGAUGGGCUUUACAGAGACGUCCCUACAGGAGCAUGUCACCUCAGAACAUGCAGAGACUUCCACAGAGGUGAUCUGUCCAAUAUGUGCUGCCCUGCCUGGAGGGGACCCCAACCACGUCACAGAUGACUUUACAGCUCACCUCACACUUGAACACAGAGCGCCAAGAGAUUUAGAUGAGUCCAGCAGUGUUCGACACGUACGCAGGAUGUUUCACCCUGGACGAGGGCUGGGCGGUCCCAGAGCACGGCGGACAAAUAUGCACUUUACUAGCGGCUCCACAGGGGGACUUUCAUCCUCCUCAUCACAGAGCUCCACCUAUACCCCGAGUAACAGAGAAGCAAUGGACCCAAUCGCAGAGUUGUUGUCUCAGCUGUCAGGUGUGCGGCGCGCAGCAGGGGGGCAAAUCAACUCGUCAGGGCCUUCAGCCUCCCAGCUCCAGCAGCUCCAGAUGCAACUGCAGUUGGAGCGACAGCAGGCUCAGGCAGCACGGCAGCAAGUGGAGACGGGCCGCCACACGACACGACGCAGCAACAACCCAGGCAACACUGGCACCACCAUCCCUCCACCCAGCACAGCAACUGCCAACACUGCCACCGUGGGUGAAAGCAAUCCCUCAUCCUCGUCCCACAACUCCCAGUUCCUAUUAGCACGGUUGAAUGAACCUAAGAUGUCCGAAGCGGAGCGUCAGUUUCUAGAAGGAGAGCGCGCAGACCGCAGCCUGUUUGUCCAGGAGCUGCUUCUGUCCACGCUGAUGCAUGAAGAGAGCUCCUCUUCCGACGAGGAAGAGCGCCGAGACUUCGCCGACUUCGGAGCCAUGGGCUGCGUGGAUAUCAUGCCUUUAGAUGUGGCGCUGGAGAACCUCCAGCUCAGAGAGCGCAGCUCCACGGGGAAGGAGCCUCCGCCGCCUCCUCUUUGAUGUCCGAGCAUCAAGCAGACUGUGUCCUCUCUGCUGCAACUGUCAGUGAUGGGCAGCAAACAGCAGCAGUCCUCCCUGGCCUCACCCUCCUUUCUCCCUCCUCAAUUUUCUGAGUUUGUUUUUUUUUUUGUUUUGUUUUUUUGUUUUUGUUUUUUUUUUGUUGGUGAUUGUAAUUUCAGGCCUGUCACCAUUUUUGUUACAUUGUAAACAAAAAUAAAUGAGAGCAAGUGGGAUAAAUGUGCGAGUGCGCAAUAGCAACUGAGUGAGCGAGCGAGAGAAGAGAAAUAUAUAAAUAUAUAUAAAAUAUAUAUGAAGUUGAUAAUCAAUCCACAUAACUUUUCUUUAUCAGGUAAAUGUUACAGGCAGCUGUGGCAGACCUUUGCUUCCUGUGACAUGCAAACGGCUCUCCGUAUAAAUACUCCACAUUCAAAAGUCAAGAGGGCGUAGGCUCCUCUGAUGAAGCUGCUGUGUGUGUUUAUGACUAUUAAUAAAUAAAAAGUGCUUGGAUGGGUUACCAUAACUACUGCAUGCAGUUAUUUGCAGCGUGCAUGACUUUUAAUGACCUUGUCAUUAAAACCCUUUUUUUUAAAAAAUAUCCCAAAGCUUUCAACUGUUUUUAAAUGGUUCUUUCAAUCAUGGUUGAAUAAGUACUGAAAAUGUACAAAAUCUGACAUGCAGAAUUUGAACUCUAACAAUAUAUUGUGCUAGGUUUUCUUUGAAUGAUGAGAAAAGAAAACUGAUUUGGGUUCAGCAGUAGCUUCUGAGGAAACGCUGCUCUGUGUGUCUCUCAGCUCCAGAAUGCCUUCUUCUCUCUGUCUGAAUAUGUCGAUUACGACCACAUGCAUCGGAUGAAUACUAGGAACAGAAGAAGAGUUUUUCCUAGUCGUUAAUGUGUAGUGAUAAGCUGUUUAGGUACAGUAUACUUUAUAAUUUAUAGAUAAGUUCAGACGCCCAACUACAGUAUGUCCAUAGCUCUCUCUCACACUAGCAUUCACUCUGCUUAGCGUCAGUCCGCGUGCUUUAGAUGGCUUGUUUAAAAUUUCUUUGCUGGGUAACCGGAGCUUGAGACUUUCCACACUGCAGUUUUGUUUUUGUUUAGUUUCUUUUAAGAGAAGAAAUUCUUAUUUUUUUUUUUCUGCUAAGAUUAGCACUUUCUAUUUAUUCAUGUUUGUUUUUCUGAUUCUUUUGAGCCUUGAUAUGAAUCAUGCCACCUUCAUGCCUAUACUUUUACCCUCUAUGUAAAAAAAAAAAAAAAAAUACAAUGAGAUGUGCUAUAUUGAACUUGUGCGUUAACUUUCAUAAUGGUUCUAAGACAUGGGCGGACAUUUUUUUUAAAAAUGUAAAUUUAGAAUACAAUAAAUAUAAACUGCGCACAGCUUUUGAUGAAACCAAGAGACCAUCA